CAACAAAGUUUAGCUCUUUCCUAUUUUUUUCGGGUAACUGUUUCGUAGACAUAGGGGGUUUAUUUUUCUAAUUACUUUUUAAAGUGCUUCAUAAUAUCAGAUUAUUUUUAAGUAAUGUGCGAAAGGCUGACAAAAAUACAACUUAUUUGAGAUUUCUCCCUGCAUUUUAUGGGCACAUGAAAGCAUUUGAGAAUGAGGGUAUCAAAACAAUUGCAUAAUCUGAUCACUUCAGUAGGCUUUUUCCCCCAUUUGGCUCAGCGGCAUGUCUGUAGACUUAUAUGUAUAACGCAAAACCGGGUAUUUGAUAAUCGUCACGGGAAGAGCACCGAUAGCCCUUGUGCUUAACUACAAACAAACAGACGAAAUCACUAAUCAUUUGAUAUUGGAACAAGUCUUCUGCCAGUCAUGUUAUACAAGUUGCUGUUGAUACCCCGAGGACUUCCUUAUGGAACUUAUAAACCGCGUUUUGAAUACUUGAAUUUAUUAUUCACUAAUGAGCUUUCAAAAAUAAACAGUAUUUCAGUGAAUAGAAAAUUCCUCAAAACUCAUAACUAUGGUACUUUGACUCAUUCAGGUGUGGAACUUACAUCUAAACAAUAUCCUCGGUUAAAACGAGGACCUUUCACAGAACUUUCAUCCCAAGACUUAGAAUUCUUUCAGAGACUGUUAGGUGAAGAAAAGGUUUUGGCAGAUGUAGAAGAACUAAAUGGUUACAAUACAGACUGGAUGAAAAUGUUUCGAGGAGCCAGUUCUUUAUUAUUACGACCAAAGACUACUGAUGAGGUAUCUGAAAUAUUAAAGUACUGUAACAAGCACAAGUUGGCAGUUUGUCCACAAGGAGGGAACACAGGGUUAGUAGGAGGGAGUGUGCCAGUUUUUGAUGAAAUAAUUUUAUCCACACUGAUGAAUAAUAUUCUAACAAUGGAUGAACUAAGUGGAUCUUUAGAGUGCCAGGCUGGAUGUGUACUUGAAAACUUGGAGACAUAUGCAAAUGAGCGUGGCUUUAUGAUUCCACUAGAUCUUGGAGCCAAAGGUAGCUGUCAGAUUGGUGGGAAUAUUGCCACUAAUGCAGGAGGUUUGAGGUUAUUGCGGUAUGGGUCUUUACAUGCAAAUGUGCUAGGACUUGAAGUAGUCUUGGGAAAUGGGAAAAUAGUGAAUUGCAUGUCAAAAAUGAGGAAAGACAACACAGGAUUUGACUUGAAGCACUUUUUUAUUGGGUGUGAAGGCUUACUGGGUAUUAUAACUAAAGUGAGUAUACUUACUCCACCAAAACCACAAGCAACUACUGUAGCAUUUCUUGGCUGUUCUUCAUUUGAAAAAGUUCUUGAGGCAUACAGAAAGGCUCGUCAGAACCUUGCAGAAAUAAUUUCUUCAUUUGAAAUGAUGGAUCACCAAGCUAUGGAAGUUGUGGAACAGAAUCUUAGUAUGAAAAAUCCUGUUUCUGUUUUUCCUUUUUAUGUGCUAAUUGAAACAUCAGGUUCUAGAGGUGAUCACGAUGAGGAGAAGUUGAUCUCUUAUUUGGAGUCUGCAAUGGAGAAAGGCAUAAUAUGUGAUGGAACAGUUGCUAGUGAAUCUGUUCGUAUUAAAAACAUUUGGCCACUGAGAGAAAGAAUUACUGAGGGUCUUCUGCAUGAUGGCCAUUGUUACAAAUAUGACAUAUCUCUUCCACUGAAUGAAUAUUACAAAAUAGUUGAAGUGAUGAGAGAAAGACUACAAAACAAGAUACUUCGAUGUGUUGCAUACGGACAUCUAGGAGAUGGUAACUUACACUUGAAUAUAACCUCCAAAACUUAUGAUCCAGAUAUAUUACAUGAAAUUGAACCUUUUUUGUAUGAAUGGACAGCAGAACGUAAUGGAAGCAUCAGUGCAGAACAUGGAUUGGGUUUGAAGAAACGUGACUUCAUAAGCUACUGCAAAUCACCAUCUGCAAUAGGUGUCAUGAAGCAGCUGAAACAGUUAUUUGAUCCAAAUGGAAUUUUGAAUCCCUAUAAAAUGUUACCGGAUACCACAUAAUCUGUAGUGACAUACAAUUUCUUUGUAUUGAAAUACAAGGAAAAAAUUUUUUUUUCAAAAUUUGGGAAAAAACAUGGGCCUCGGCUUUUUGGUGAAAAUA